GGGUCGCGGUCCGAGCGCCUGGGCCGAGCGGAGCCGAGGAGGGCAGCGGGCUCGGCCGGCCCGGGACUUGGCACCUUCGCGGGCGAAGCUGCUCACUUCCAGGCGCGGCUGUUACACAACACGCCUGCCAAGCGGGGCCCCGGCCUGACUGUUCCCAUUAUCCCGGAGUCGCCUUUGGUGCAGGCGGCGGGGCCACCUGGGUGGUGACCGUGCUGCCUUUGCAAAACUACCCCUUUCCCCCAAAAUAAAGUCUUAACUUUCACCCUGGGUCGUGGUGUUGGGGUCCGGCGCGCCAGGGAUUCUUUCCACUGCCCGAGAAACGUGAGAAAUAAAAUCCAGGGAGACAACGGAGGGUCUGUGUACCGUGUGUCAUUUCAUGACAUAAAAUAUCGCAGAAGAACAUGUGUCUACCCAAAACCUAAGUUUUGUAAUGCUGGGUUUAACUUCCUAAAGACAACUGGUAAUGAAGGUGAGAAAAUAUAAAGUAGAUCUUGCAAUGAAUGGAUACUGCACAAUCGCGAAGACGUUUGCUAAACGCCUGCUGCAGAGACCCUUGGCGCGUUGAAGUCCCGGGUGUCUCGAUUGUGGAGAAAGCACACCUCUAGCCAGCCUGUGAUGAAUAAGGUGGAGAGGAAGAACCUGUUGCAUAAUCUCAUUCGCUCUGGGAUUUGCUGUGCCGUCCCCUUGAACGAAGGGGAAGUGAGUUAAGAUGCAGGGUUUAAAAACCUCUGAAGUUUUUAUUUACCCAGCGCUCUGGCUGCCACUUUGCUUUAAGAGAUUAUAAGUAAAUACUGAGCUCUUACAAGUGAACCAAACCUAUCAAACCUGUUUAGAAAAUGACCAGGCUGUCAGUCCAGUGUAAAGCUGCUGGAGCGAGGGAGCAAAGGUAAAGAAUGAUGUAAUGCACUGGCUGCCCCAAAGCAUCUUUUGUUGUGGAAUGGUUAUUCCAGUCAUCUCUCUAUGAAUCAAAUGUGAGGGGCUGCUUUGUGGAGGGAGUCCUUUGCAAGAGCACAUCAACGGGGAAGAGAAAGAGACAUUCAGUUGGAGGGCUCUUGCUGAAAAUGGGUUUAACUCUCCUUUUGCCAGUCACCACCAGCCUGACCUCAUGCAUUUUAGUACAAUGGAGUGGCUGAGCCUUUGAGCACACCACCAUUACAUCAUCGGGGCAAAUUAAAGGAGGAGGUGGAAAAGAGGACUUAUUGUUGUCAUGGCCCAUGAGAUGAUUGGAACUCAAAUUGUUACUGAGAGGUUGGUGGCUCUGCUGGAAAGUGGAACGGAAAAAGUGCUGCUAAUUGAUAGCCGGCCAUUUGUGGAAUACAAUACAUCCCACAUUUUAGAAGCCAUUAAUAUCAACUGCUCCAAGCUCAUGAAGCGGAGGUUGCAACAGGACAAAGUGUUAAUUACAGAACUUAUCCAGCAUUCAGCAAAACAGAAGGUUGACAUUGACUGCAGCCAGAAGGUGGUAGUUUACGACCAGAGCUCCCAAGAUGUUGCCUCUCUGUCGUCAGACUGCUUUCUCACUGUGCUUCUGGGCAAACUGGGGAAGAGCUUCAGUUCUGUCCACCUGCUUGCAGGUGGGUUUGCUGAGUUCUCUCGUUGUUUCCCUGGCCUCUGUGAAGGAAAAUCUACCCUAGUCCCUACCUGCAUUUCUCAGCCUUGCUUACCUGUUGCCAACAUUGGGCCAACCCGAAUUCUUCCCAAUCUUUAUCUUGGCUGCCAGCGAGAUGUCCUCAACAAGGAGCUGAUGCAACAGAAUGGGAUUGGAUAUGUGCUAAAUGCCAGCAGUACCUGUCCAAAGCCUGACUUCAUCCCUGAGUCUCAUUUCCUGCGAGUGCCUGUGAAUGAUAGCUUCUGUGAGAAGAUUCUGCCCUGGUUGGACAAAUCAGUGGAUUUCAUUGAGAAAGCAAAAGCCUCCAAUGGAUGUGUCCUGGUCCACUGUUUAGCUGGGAUCUCUCGCUCCGCCACCAUCGCCAUCGCCUACAUCAUGAAGAGGAUGGACAUGUCUGUGGACGAGGCUUACAGAUUUGUGAAAGAAAAAAGACCCACUAUAUCUCCAAACUUCAAUUUUCUGGGCCAGCUUCUGGACUAUGAGAAGAAGAUCAAGAACCAGACUGGAGCAUCAGGGCCAAAGAGCAAACUCAAGCUGCUACACCUGGAAAAGUCAAAUGACCCUGUCCCUGCAGCCUCGGAGGGUGGACAGAAGAGUGAGAUGUCCCUCAAUCCACGCUGUGCCAAGCCUGGUGCCUCAGAGGCAGCAGGGCAAAGGCCUCUGCAUCCUGCCAGCGUGCCUAGCACGCAGCCAUCGCUGUUAGAGGACAGCCCACUGGUGCAGGCGCUCAACGGGCUCCACCUGUCCUCAGACAAGCUGGAAGACAGCAGUAAGCUGAAACGUUCCUUCUCCCUGGAUAUCAAAUCGGUUUCGUAUUCGGCCAGCAUGGCAGCAUCCUUACAUGGCUUCUCAUCAGAAGAUGCUCUGGAAUACUAUAAACCCUCCACUACCCUGGAUGGGACCAACAAGCUCUGCCAGUUCUCCCCAGUUCAGGAAGUGUCAGAGCAGACUCCGGAAACCAGCCCAGAUAAGGAGGAAGCCCACAUCCCCAAGAAGGCCCCACCUGCCAGGCCUCCAGAGGGCCAGAGCAAGCGACCGCACACAGUAAGAACCAGCAGCAGUGGUGCCACGCAGAGGUCCUUCUUAUCUCCACUGCAGCGAAGUGGCAGCGUGGAGGACAAUCACCACACCAACUUCCUCUUUGGCCUUUCCACCAGCCAGCAGCACCUCACCAAGUCUGCUGCCGGGCUGGGCCUCAAGGGCUGGCACUCCGAUAUCCUGGCUCCUCAGACCUCUACCCCCUCCCUGACCAACAGUUGGUAUUUUGCCACAGAGUCCUCUCACUUCUACUCUGCUUCGGCCAUCUACGGAGGGAAUACCAGCUACUCUGCCUACAGCUGCAGCCAGCUGCCCACUUGUAGUGACCAAGUCUAUUCUGUGCGUAGGCGGCAGAAGCCAGGCGACAGGGCUGACUCUCGGCGGAGCUGGCAUGAAGAGAGCCCCUUUGAAAAGCAGUUUAAACGCAGAAGCUGCCAGAUGGAAUUUGGAGAGAGCAUCAUGUCAGAGAACCGGUCCCGGGAAGAGCUGGGGAAGGUGGGUAGUCAGUCUAGCUUUUCAGGCAGCAUGGAAAUCAUUGAGGUCUCCUGAGGAGAAAGAGACUUGUGAUUGCUAUUGACAGUUUUUCUUGUUCACAAAAAAUUUCCCUGUAAAUCUGAAAUAUGUAUAUGUAUAUACAUAUAUAUUUUUGGAAAAUGGAGCUGUGGUGUAAAAGCAAAAGAUAGAUCAACACAGUUCUCUCUCAACAUCUGCAUUUGAGAGAGGAACUACUAUUUCUCUCAACAAAAGCGGAAGGGCAGGUGCUAGAAUUCCCCCUAUGCAGAGUAAUUCUAGUCCAUGAAUCGCACAUCUUCUCAUUCCUACAAAAGCAAGUUUAUCCCCCUCCCCUGACGGUCACAUCGUGCUGCAGAGAUCUCAGAUGCUCACUGAUCUUUGCCCAGUCCCUUCCCCAGUGCACCUUAGUGCUGAGACUGAGCCAGCUGUGGGUCCAGGGAGCCCUCUAGGGACGGAACCCGAGGGGUAAAUCCCAGAGAAAUGAUCCUCUCCAAAGCUAAUGCACAAACCCAAGCUCACCUGCCAGCCGAGUGAUUCACACAUCACUGCUGGACAGACCACUGAGGGCGUCACCCGGAUCGACGGUAGAACAAACUAGUACCUCAGACAGGACAGUCGGGGUGUUCACCACUACCAUGUCUGGGAGCCUGUUUUCCAGGCAUUGUGAACAAGUAGUGAGUCAGUUUCCAGACCAAUUCAAACUGCGUGCACAAAAUUCCAGUUAGUAUUGAACAGAGUAGUUGCUAUCUUCCCUCUUCCCAGCUUUCAGAAAGAAGGGCACCUACCUAGGAUUCAACUUAGCCAGGAAUCUGACAACAUGAUUUAAGCUAAAGUUAGGAGGGUAACCGUGUCUGCCUCUCUCUAUAAAUCAGAGUUGUUUAAAUGGGACUUUUAAUCCUUUAAUUGAAGACUGACUUGGUUUAAAGCCAAUGUGAAUUACCUGAGUUGGUAAUAGUGACAGAACCUUCAAGUUCUCAGCCAAAAUUGGUGUUUUCUAUUUCUGUUUCACUGUAAUGGAUACAGUUUGUAAAAGUGUAACAAAGCAGAAUUGUAUAGGAAACCACCUAGAGAGAAAACUACAGAGAUUAAGGAAGGUAAAAUUUACGGAGAAGCAGAAAACAUUUCCUUGAUGGGUUUUCUCCCCCUUGGCAUGAAGGUGGUAUUUGUGUAAUUCCUUCAGACUUUAAAAUUCACCAAUAGGGAUGAGAAAGGUUUUGGGAAAUGGGGAAUAUUCAGAAUAAAACAGUAUAGGACGAUGAAGAGAAGGCUAUUGGAUCUUGUUCAGUUGUGAAUAGAAUGGAAGGUCACAGCCAGCUCUUUUCAGGAACUCUCCCCUUCGUGUGUUUUUAGUAUCCCAGUGGGGUGAGACGAGGUGGUCUCUCAGUCUGUGUCCUAGCCACUGUACGGAAUCAGUCCUGGCAGCUGGAAACAGGUGGUGAUUAGAACAGUACAUAAGUGACAGUGCGGAUCUGCUUUCCCCCUUCCUGGCUUGUGUUUUAUCAACUAUUGUACGGUCCUCUUUUGAAGCCUUCCCAUCAGCUUUUUGGGGGGUGAGGAAGUGGGGCAGGUGUGGCCGUUGUUCUUUACUGUUAAGUGUAGCUAGUUGCUGACUUGUAUCUCAGGUUUCUGUUUGAGAAAUGGAUAGUCCUCUGACAAGGACGCAACUUCGUGUUUCCUAUGGUGACUGCUAAAACCAGCACAGAAUGACACGAUUCAGAACCGACUGGCUCAAUCACGAGGGUUGUGGGCUUCACAACCCUCGUAACCAGUUAUACACAGCUCAUGUGCUACAUGUGGCUGUAGGAUGGAGGCUGAAGUGUAAGCUGCACGGGGAGCAUGUUACCGUCCCAAAAAGGUGGUGUUUACGAUCUGAUUUUUCUAUGUACACCUUUUAUGUAAUCAGGCAUCCCCAAGCUUUCACGUGGUAGUUCUGAUGUGUCAUGUGUACACCAAAUGUGCACCAGUUCACAUCCAGAAUCUGGUCGGACCUUUUAAAGAGAUGAAACCAACAAGUCCAUUGUUGAAGCUGUUUCAGGAGGGUAGGGAGGCUUGGGUUAAACACGAUCAUCAGACAAAAGCUGACCUUGUGCGGUGUAGGGUUUCUCCUGAGCACGGUCCCUCCCCUCCCUACAACUGUGUCGCAGUCACACGCCACAGCCUGUAGUCCUCAUCACGUGUGUCAUGUCAUCAGUUUUGGGAUCCAGAGCGCAUGCCUGGGGCAGCUCUUGGGGCAGGGCCGGGGUGGCCCGCCCAGUGCGGUGGCUCCCUGCAGUGCAGUCACAAGGAAGCCUAGAGUCACCUGGGGCGGCACAGAACGAUCUCCUACGUGAGAAAUGCGGGAAGAUGGCUCAGGGCACUUGUAAAGUUAGGUGCAAAGGCUGUAUAAAUGUUUAAUCUGCACACAGGGUUCCUCUGGAAUGAGGCAAGCUGUUGAAUGGUUAAAUUGUGCAUUUCUCAAGUUGGUGUGUUAUGUAUGUUAAUAUGAUGAAAUAAAAUCAGAACUGGUACCUGUUUAUACAUAAAUGUGAGAAAGGACCUUUUUGCCGAGACUCGCUGGAAACUGCAGUGACCAAGCUGCCAAACAAAGGCGGUAGUGGUGGACGCUUUCCUGUUCUCAAGUUAAAUGGGGAUUUAGCUCAAAAUAAAGUGGUGGUGGUAUCCAA